AGAAGAAGAAGAAGAAGAAGAAGAAGAAAGAAAAUGUAAGAGAGAGAGAGAGAGAGUGAAGAAGAGAGAAAAAGCAGAGAAUAAAAAGAGACCGGAUGUUGACAAAUUUCAUGUCACUGUUCUUAGAAGGUCGUUUGUUUGUGUAAAGAUUUUCUUAUCUGGGAUCUCUCUCUCUCCUCUCUUUCUCUCUCUAGCAUAAAUUAAAAAAAAAAAACACUUCCUUUCUCUCUCUUUAAACUAUAUAAAAAAAAUUCCUUUUUUUUAUUGUAAGAAAAAAAUUUUGUGUUAAUAAAAUUUUCUUCUUUUUGUUUGUUGAGAGAGAAAGAGAGAGUGGCCCAGCAGAUCGAAAUCUCCUUUAUAUUGUUCAAUUCUGGAGACGAUCUAAGCUCCUUUGAUGGAGUUUCAAUAACACCUACUUCGUUUUUUUUUUUUUAAAGUUAAAUUUGCUUUCUUUUUUCUUUUUGAUAUUUUAUCUCAAAGUCUGUGCUUUUGAUAGUGCCAGUCUUCACAGACUCUUUGAAAUUUUAUUUAUUUAUUAUCUUUGUCUUCCGGGUCUAUGAUGUGGAGGCAACUGUUGAAUGAUUGAAUCCAUUGAGGGAUUCUUUAGGGGAAGGGAUAAGAGGAUGUGGGUCUGAGGAAUGGGAACAAAAGCACAGUGUGAAAGCUUCUUUCAGGGAUAUUUCUCAAUGAGGGAUCUUAAUGAGGAUUCUAACAGUUGUAGCUGGCCUCUAUACUAUGGAGAUAGAACCUUCACCAAUGGGCAAUACUACAAUGGAUACUUACCAAGGGCCAUUGCAGAUAUGUAUCCCGGGUAUGACAAGGAUGUGGUAAAGCAGACAAUGCUGGAGCAUGAGGCCACAUUUAAGAAUCAGCUGUGUGAACUUCACCGCCUAUACAGAAUACAGAGGGACUUGAUGGAUGAAGCCAAAAGGAAAGAAUUAUAUAAAAAUCGGAUGCCUAUUGAGAAAUCAUUGUCUUCAAGUCCUCUAGCAUCUCAAGUUACAUCUGAAGAUGCUCGGAAAUGGCAUCUCCCUAGCUUUCCCUUGGGAAAUUCUGUGUGUGCUGGACCAUCUACCUCAGGCAUUGAAGAUAUGCAUUCUCCGCUGAGUUCUAUGAAAGGAAGCAGUGCACAAGCUAGCCCCUUGCUAUCUCAAAAUGGUGGUACGUCAAAAGAUUUAGAGAUACUGGAGUCCAGACCCACAAAAGUGAGGAGGAAGAUGUUUGAUCUUCAACUUCCAGCUGAUGAGUACAUAGAUACUGAAGAAGGGGAACAACUGAGGGAUGAAAAUGCAUGUGGUAUCUCUAGUUAUUUUUCAAACAGAAAUCAUAAAGUUGUGCAUGAGAAUGGAAUUAAUCUGCUUAUUGGCAAAGGUGGGAAAAAGAAUUGUCUAGGAGAUGCAUUGCAGUCUGAAUCAUUUUUGAAGAGCAAAAGUAAUUUGGCUGAUUUGAAUGAGCCUAUUGAUGUUGAAGAUACAAAUGCAUCUGCAAAUGAUCUUCUAGGCUGUACUUCCUCCCGAUGUGAGACUCAAGAGCAUGGACUGGCUGCUAAACAAAAAUCACAGUUUCUUGGCUUUCCCCAAGAGAUCUUACUGAACUCUCACCAUGGAAGCACUAAUGGAACUCUCAAUAAUCUGCAUUUGCAGAAUAAUGCAAACAGAAAAUUGUGGUUUCCCCAUAUGCUCGAUUCAGGGCACAGUAAAAACAACCUGAAGUCUAUUCCUCAAGGUCUUCAGCCCGAAAUAGUACCUUCAUCUUCCCAGCCAGUAUCGGUUCUGUUAAAUAAAACUAAUGAACCGGCAUCUCUUUUCCUUACUGAUCAAAGCAAGGCAGGUCAGUUGAGAGGGAGAUUGUUUCAUGGUUCAGAACCUUCUGAAAGAAAUAAGGAGAUCUCUGAUAAUAGCCAUCACGUAUCAGUGGUUGCUUCCAAUAUGCCUAUUCAAUAUGCAACUGAUCCUUCUCCCAAUUUGAGCAAGUCCUGGCCACAUUCUAUUUCAUCUUGGGAAAAGCUUAGUGGAAGCUUAAACACGAAGUCUAUAUCAGUUCAAAUGCACCCAUAUUUCAACUCAUCUGGGACCUUGAGUAGGAGUUCUCAGUCAUCAACUCAGAGUCAUGGUGUGUUAGGGGACCGGUGGAAUUACACAAGCAAUUCUGCAUCUAACCUGAGAAUCAAUAGUGAAAUGCCCGACCAAAAUGGAUACUAUUAUGGGUCCUCAUCAGGGUCUAAGGAACUAUUGAUUCAGUUUCCUUCAGGCAACCGUGAUUUUUUGAACUGCAGUAGUGCCCAUAACAUAGCCCCUGCACAUUUCCCUUAUCAUGAUUCAGCAAAGCACUACAAGAGUUCAAAUUGUGUGGAUUCGAAGUCUGCAAAAGAUGUGAACUUGAAUGUAGCAGUUUCAAAUGGCUUCUCAGCCAAGAUGUCUUCCCAGCAAGGCCUUGAGGUCAUCGAUUUAGAAAGAAAUCAGGUGGACCAUAUUGUCACUUUGCCUUGGCUAAGAACCAAGCCCAGUUAUAAAAGCGAGGCUACUAAUGCAGGGGUGGAUUUGAAUUCAGUGGGCUCGAGUGAUUUGGAAUCUUCUCUGCCUCUGUUGUCUAACAAAAGUGAAGCUGGAAAUGUUCUUAGUGAAGUAGCUGUUCAGAGUAUGAAAUCAGCUUCUCCCAAUGUUGUCGAGGGCAGUAGGAUUUAUAUAAGCGACACCUCAAGUUGCCGAAAAAUUCUUGGCUUUCCCAUUUUUGAAAAGCCACAUAUUUCAAAAGUCGAGUCUUCUUCUCUUACCUCUCCUUCUGUGUCUCUUUCUCAGCCAACUGAAGAUAUAGAAAAUAACAGGAAAAGUAGGGUUCUUGAUAUUAACUUGCCUUGUGAUCCGCCAGUUCCUGACUUUGGCCAAGAGACUCCUGCGGAGUUAGUUCUUACAGAAAAGGAAACAGAGAAACGAGUUGCAAGUGUCAGACAUCAUAUUGAUUUGAACUCUUCUAUAACUGAGGAUGAAGCUUCUUUGAUACCUUCUGUUCCAGGCUCUACUGUGAAGAUUAUUUCAGGAAUAGAUUUGGAAGUGCCUGCACUUCCUGAAACUGAAGAGGAUGUCAUUCCUGGAGAAGAAUGUCUAGAAAAGGCUCAUGGAGUGUCUUCACAAUUGUCAGAGUCCAAAGCUGAAAGCUCACCGGAUGAAUUUGCCAGAAUAGCAGCGGAGGCAAUAGUUGCCAUUUCCAUAACUGGAUAUCGCAGUCAUCAAGAUGAUGACGUUGGAAAUCCAUCAGAAGCUUCGAUGACAGACCCUCUUCAUUGGUUUGUGGAGAUAGCUUCAUCUUUUGGAGAGGAUCUUGAGAGCAAGUGUGCUGCUUGGGUAGCCGAAAAGGGUCAAGAUGACGAGGGGUCAUCAUCGGAAGAUUACUUUGAGUCUAUGACUUUGAGAUUAGUAGAGAUCAAGGAAGAAGAUUAUAUGCCAAAGCCUUUGAUUUCAGAAAACUUUAAACUGGAAGAAACAGGAACACCUUCAUUACCAACUAGAACCCGAAGAGGCCAGACAAGAAGAGGAAGGCAGCGAAGGGACUUCCAAAGGGACAUCCUUCCAGGCCUUGCUUCUUUAUCAAGGCAUGAGGUUACAGAAGAUCUUCAGACAUUUGGAGGGCUGAUGAGAGCAACAGGCCAUUUAUGGCAUUCGGGACUAACAAGAAGAAAUUCUACUAGAAAUGGUUGUGGGAGGGGGAGGAGGCGUACGGUAAUUAGUUCCCCUCCUGCAGUUAUAGCAAGCCCACCUUGUACUCCCCUCAUACAACAGCUUAGUAAUGUUGAAGUGGGACUAGAGGAUAGAAGCCUAACAGGGUGGGGGAAGACAACUAGACGUCCCCGCCGGCAAAGAUGCCCUCCAGGUAAUCCUCCUGCUCUUCCUUUGACCUAAUCAUGAGAAGAGGUGUUAAUGUCAGGUUAUGUAAUAGAGGGAAGAGGAUAGAUUCAUUUCUGCGGCUGUGGGAAUUAAGGUUGUUGUGAGCCGUUUGGGGAUUCCUUGUACAUUCCUUAGCCCAUAAUCUGGGUCCCCUGUAUCUGUGUUUGGGUGGUUACCGACUUUGUAUUAUUCAUAAAUAAUGUUGCAUGAUUUCUUCCUUGAUAUAUACUUGGCAUUACUUUGGAUUGUGUA